GGCUGCAAAAACAUGGAACUUGAAAAAGAAGUUGAUUUACACCAAAAAAUCGCUGAAAUAAAGAAAAGGAUUCUUCUCACAGAGGGUCAAAAAACAGCCAACGCUGCAGAAUGGCAAAAACAAAAUCGCAUCAAUGCAGAAACUUUGGCUACUCUCAAAAAGGAAAACAAAGAACUCACUACACAGGUGGUAAUGCUGAAAAAUCCCAUCAAUCGACGAAUGGGUAAGGAUGAAGAAAUCGAACCGGGUGGGGGAUUAAAACCACUUUAUCCGGUUGGGGCAAAAAGUCCCGAAGAAGCAGUUUUCUUGAUGGAUCUGAAAAUCACUGAGAAUCGCAAGCAAUUGGACUUGUUAAGGCAUAGAUUUCAAGUCAGACAGAGGCAUUUCAAUAAAUUGAUGACACAUUAUGAAGACUUAUUAGCUUUUAAGGAGCAUCAGUCUAAAGAAGUCGGUGGUAAACCACCCGAAACACUGGAAGAGGAUGCAAAUCGAAAGCUGGUGAUUCAAUUAGAAAAUGAGAUUCACCGAAAAAACGUCAAAUGGAUUGAAGCGGAACACAUUAAGAAGAAAUAUAAGUCCAUUCAGUCAUCACUCAUGGCCGAUGCUGAAAGAUUCGAACGGUCUUUGAAAGAGCUAGAGGAGGCUUUAGCAGAACAACAUACAGAAAUAAAUCGACUUCAGCAAGUUCACAAUGAAGCACUCGAGAUGCGUGAAGUUGCCAAAGUUAUUCUCCAACGACAUGAACAACAAGCAAAUACUUCUCUCAAAAUUCGAGAACGUCAAGCUUUGGAUUUUCGCAAACAAGUCGAAAGUCGUAAAAUGGAACUCGAGCGCAUUGGUCGUAAACUAUUUACAGAUGCAAAGACAUUUGUCCAUCAGGACAGCAUUGGAUCGAGUUCGGGUGACCAACAGACUGGCAAAAUCGAAAAUGACGAUGAUCCAAAUUCUCAGUUACAAAAUGUUACCGAAGAAAUGGACACAUUGUUCAAGGAACUUAUGGAAGUCACUGGAGCCACAUCCCCACCGAAUGUUCUCGAACGAUUUGUAUCACAAAAGGAAUCAUCUGUGCGAUUAACAUAUCUUCGUAAUGCUGCCGAGUCUGAAAAAACGGAAUUAGAAAAUCAACGUGAGAAUCUAACCAAAGAAUUGGAAUCAUCGAAAUUUUCCGAGAUGAAAGAAAGUGAAGUAAAUCAAGAAGUUGUUGAGAAGCUAAAGCUGGAAAUCACCAACAUGAAUAAGGAAAGGCAGAAGAACGAAGAGUCAGCUGAAAAGACUAUUGGAGUUAUAAAGUUCAUCCAAGAUAGACUUCGGGAUAUGAUAUAUAAGUUACAAGAAGUUGAUGAGAGUGAUGUGAAUAUUGUGGAGAAGGACAAGUCUAUAUCAGCUCAAAGUCUACCGGACUAUCUGGUUAACGAUGCCACUGAUGAAGACUUAAUUGAUAUACUCAAAGCAAAACUAGAGAAGAACUUACAAGCUCAAGACGAGAAAGAAGUUGAAGAUCUACAAAAAUCCAGUGAUGUUGAAAUUGACGAACUUGCUGUGCGUCUUGAGCAAACUCCUUCUUUAAUCGCCGAAGAUAAGCCCCAACCAAUGCCGAUGUGUUACUAUAACCUCAUAUCAGGUCGUGCCACCCGGACUUUGGGAACAUCAUCUGGUUCUCCCGAACAAGGUCCAGCACCAGCUGUUACUGACGACGAAAGUGAAGUUCCAUCAAGAAAUUUCCUUAAGCGACAAUCAGUUGUCAUUGUUGAUACCAAGUCAAGGCGUAAGGCAUAUCGUCCCGUUCCACAGAGAAGAAAGUAAAGUGUCCAGCUCUACUCUUAU